AUGGAUGAGCUGGCGGACGCAACAGUCAUGCCGAAUUUGGCAUUAAGUAUUCAGAAUGAUGAAAGAAUGUGUGCAGUGACUGCCAAUGAAGAAAUAAAUGCGAGUGAUAGUCAACCUGGUCCAAGUCGACGACAACAAACAGGCAAGUUAUCGGGGGCUGUGAGUGACGAUUUGGAGUUGGUACUUGCAGAAAUGGAAGAAAGCAAUACAUUGGAACUAAACAAUGCGGUUGUCAACAAUGAAAAUGAUCUGCUCAUCACCGUGGAUGAUAUAAAUACUCUGCUAGCAAUCAAUGAAGCAUUUAAUGAAACUUUGCAGAAUUUGAUCCGACGUGUUACAUUAGCUAUAUCUAAGAAUCGCGAAGCACAAAAAUUAUUGAAAGCUAAAUUGCGGCAGACAACAGAACGUGGAUUAAGAAUUAAUAUAAAGAAAGUGCCAGUUUCGCGGUUUUUGUUCCCAUAUUUUCGGGAUUCUCAUGAAAUGGAGCCACCAAAGAAUGAAGAAUAUGAAUUAAAAGUCUUUCGUCGUGAAUACGAUCCUUUGGUAAAGGAAGAAAAAAAAUGGUCACCAAAAGAAUGUCAACUACUGGCAAAUGCAGUGUGGAAAUCUUUAAUCGAAAUCCGUGUUCAACCAUUUAUUCAGAGGAAAGAAAUGUUUGCGGAAAAAAUUCGCUGUGCGGGGCAAGAGACAUCGGAUGAGCAGAUAGCUGAUUGGAAUAGUACUAUCACCGAGUUGGAACGUUUGAUUGCAUACCACAAAAAUCUGCCAAAAAACGAGGUUCUAAUGAGUGAUUAUUCUGAAGUUGACUGGGCGAAGAUUGCGAAAGUUGAUUUUCUUGGAAAUAGAGCCCCAAAACAGCUAAGAUUAAAGUGGAUCAAUGAGCAAUGUCCGCGAUGGUCAAAGGAGCCUUGGUCCUCUCAGGAAAUACAACGUCUAAAGGAAUGUGCAGGGCGGUGGAAUAAUUGGAAUGUAAUUGCGGAACGAUUAGGCACGAAUCGUACAGCUUUUCAGUGUUUUGUAAAAUUCAGAAGUGAAUUAGACAUUGACAACGUUGGUCGGUCAUGGACGAAAGAGGAAGAUGCCCAACUAAUGACUUUGGCACAUUGCAUGCAAGUGAAUGGUAAAAUGAAUUGGGAGAAAAUUGCUCAUUACAUGGAGGAAAGAUCACGGCAACAAUGUACAAUUCGGUAUAGGCGUGCGCUUGACACUGAUAUUAAAUUUGGUCGAUGGAACGCCAGUGAGGAUGUGCUUUUAACAUGCUCCGUAGGCCGAUUUGGAACAAAAGACUGGAUAAAGGUAGCAUCGUGUGUUCCAGGAAGAAGCGAUUCGCAGUGCCGUGAUAGAUGGGUUAAUGUGUUGGACAAAAGUAUUAAAGCGGAACCAUGGUCAGUGGAUGAGGAUGAAAAGUUGCUUGAGGGAGUAAGAAUUUUCGGAAAAGGUGAAUGGUCGAGAAUUUCAACAAUGCUCCCAGGUCGUUCUGCUUCACAUUGCAAAUCACGCUUCCGAUCACUUCUUUCAGCAAAAGUCAAACUGGCUUCGGAAUGUCGUUCAUAUCCAUUUAGACGUUUUAGUUGGAAAGGCAAACAUCGCCGGCAAGAAGUUGAAGCAACGUUCCGUAAGCUAUUAGCAGCUGAUGGUAAAGGAGGUCUCGCAGAGCAAGUUAUGAACUCAUUUGAUAUGCGGGCAUUAAGUGUCGAUGAAAUGGAAGCGUUGUCUGCAAUGGCACCGGAGCAAAGAAUAAUGGUAAUGCAAUUCUUGAAUGAAAUUCGUGAAAAACGUCUAGAGAAUGAUGUGAAGGAUGAUCAAUCAAUUUGGAAAUUGCUGAGUGAUAAGUUGCAAUUCAAUACUAGUUACUUGGAUAGUUCAACACAGAGUGCCUUAUUGAAGUACUAUAAGCGAUUCCUUGGCGGAAGCACGAAGGAGCUUUUAACUCAUCAUGAAAAAAAUGAAUUCGAUGCGAAAUGCAGAGUGUUACAAGAAACUGAUCCAGAGGCUGCAAAAGAUCACGUCAUUAAUGCUUUGUGUGAUUUAAUUGAACGAAGUGAUAAUUCACAGUGUUUUAUGCGUCAAAAGAAAUUUACCAGAAGUCAGGUUCUUGAUGAAGUUGAUCGAUAUCUUAAUUCGGUCCUUGUCGAUGACGUAAAUAAAGCUGUAUCUUGUGGAACUAAUGCUUUUGCUAUACCGCCUUGCAUUGGAUCACUACGCUUAUACGAAAAUAUUCAGAAGCAAAUGCAUUUGUUACGAGAAUCCGCUGGAGAGUUUUUUGAACCGCUUGUUUCGGAUCAGAACGAUAAUAUAUUUUUACAACUUUCACGGCAAAUUAUUUUGGACCCUGAAUACGUUUUACUUAAGGCAAAGUUGCGAGUUUUGCUCUUUUGGCCAAUGUUUUUGUAUCGGUCAAUAGAGAGUAAAGAGUCAGUGGAAAGAAGAAUGUAUUUACGUUCAGUUGCUACUUCGAAAUUAGCAGAACAGCAAAAGCAAACUUUGGAAAGCCUUAAAGUACGACUUCAAAAUCAACUACAUCCUGGUAAAAAUCUUUUAACAUCGGAACAAAUAACGAUUCCGGAAGAAGAGUUUGAUGAUGACUAUGCAGCUGAAUUGAGUGUUGGCGAAUUUUUGAAGAAGCGAAUGUAUAAACAACCACGAAGAUACGUUGCCGACAAAAAAAUAGGACAGGAAGAAAUCCACGAUACGGGCGUUAUUGAAUCAGAUGCAUCGGAAGUUGCUGAAGCUAUGAAUCAUCGUAUCGACGAGUGUAUCGAAUCAGUUUGUACUGCUGUUCAGAAAAUAUAUGAACGUGAUUUUAUGAUUCCCGCCGCUUACAAAUUGGCCGCGCAACAACUACGUGAAAAUAGUCCUAAUACUAAUAUGAUGGAGGAUGCGGUGAAGAAUGCAUUAGAUGCUGUUAUUGAUGGAACUGCUAGCGGUGAAAUCAGUGAAACUGUUAGCUUGUUACCGAAGAUGAACGUUGUAGAUGGUGAUAACUCUGAGUGGAAUGACACUGUUUCAGAAAUUCAACAGCCUGAAUCAGCUGUGAUGAAAAUUGCUUCCAGAAAGCGAAGUGCAGCACAGGGUGCUCCAAGUACUAGCGGACAAGUUAGCAAGCCGAAGAGAGCUAGAAAACAAACAGGGGCUAAGUUACUGGGAAAGAAUAAUAUGAAAAAGGGGAAGGAAAAUUUGCCAUAA